AUGUUUAACGAAAAUUUUUAUCAUUCUCAUAAUAAUGAUUUCAAGAACGAUCAAAAUAAUACAAUAGAUGAAUGUUUUAUUGUACGACCUAAUAAUGCACAAUCUGAUGAAUCAUUUUUGCAUAAAUGUGGAAAUACUGUUGUUAAAGGAGUUAUAAUAGAUCAACAUAAUCACCCAUCUCCACUACCACGUAAAACGCCAUAUAAUAUUAAAGCACAACUUCAAAGAAUAAUUGAUAAUGAGUAUAUUCUUGAUUUAACUACAAGAAAGUUUUUAACAGGAUCUAUGAUUCAAAGUUAUUUAAAUGGAAAAGCAUUAAAACUAACACAUAUGGAAAUUGACAUGGCAUUUAAAAGGAUAAAUGGUAAUACAAAUGAAUGGAAAAUUUCAGCAUAUUUACCUCGUAUACAAAAAAUUUUAACAUUUGUGCGAAUAUUUACAAAUGUUGAAACCGCUCAAGCUUAUCAAAAUCUAUUUGAUGAUUUAUUUAGAUGCGUAGAAAAAGAUAUUGGCGAAACAUUUAAUUUUCACCAUAUUCAUGGAAAAGGAUUAGGAUGUGUUCUUACUGACUAA